GACAAGCUUACCCCGCAUUCUGUCUCAGCUAUCUCAUCAUUCCAGAAUCCACCACCUGGGCCUCAUAUCCCAUCCAGUCUUCCGUUUGCUAUCCAAUUCAUCACUCAAGCCCAUCCAAACUGACCCCAGAUUGCCCCCCGAUCACCCCAGGUAACUACAACAGAUAGAUCCAGCUCGGUCAAGAAGACACAGGCAGUCGCAGCCAUGGCAACAGAUAGCCUCCCCGUCAUCAAUGUGCUGUUCACUCUUCACCCUGGCAUGGAUGCCAUGGACUUCAUCGGUCCUCUCGAAGUCCUGACCCACGCUCUCCAUGACCCGGAUGAUGAAUCAACCAAAGCCUUCGAGCCCACCUUCGUGUCCAGCACUGAGCAUACCCUCUCUGCCCAAGGUGCAAGCUUCCGCGCCCAUAUCAACUACAAGGAAGCAUACGCCCGGCUCACGGAAUUUGACGUCCUUGUUGUCCCCGGCGGCGGCACUGACACGAUUAUCAGAUCAAAAGCUGAGCCGCUGGGCCUCAUCUCAGCCUUCUCCGAGCUCCAGAAGAAACACCCCGAGAAGGAGCGCACCAUCCUCUCCAUCUGUACCGGGUCCAUGCUCCUCGCACAACAGGGGAUCCUGAGCGGCCUCUCGGCGACCACCCACCCCGACUAUUAUGCCAAGUUCGAGAAGCUUUGCAGCGAGGUCGCGCAGCGCGAUCUCUCCGAGCGCUGCGACCUCAUCGAGGAGCGCUACGUCGUCAACAACCUGCGCUUCGACCUGGGCGAGCCCGAGGAGAACCCGUACAUCCGCCGCAAGUCCGACGCGAAGAGCCCGACGUUCCGGCGCAAGGGCUCGAACGCAUGGAAGGAGAGCAACACGCGGCGCGAGAGCAAUGCGCGGCGGGCGUCGUUGCGCCUGGGCGGCCUGCGGGUCAUCACCAGCGGCGGCGUGACCUGCGGCUUGGAUGCGAGCCUCUACCUGGUGAGCAUCAUGGUCAGCGAGGAGGCGGCAAAGGAGGUGGCGCGCAUCAUGCAGUACACGUGGAACAAGGGCGUUGUGGUCGAUGGGAUUGAUAUCUAAGGCGUCUGGAGUUGGCUCGGGUGCAGAGAGGGGUAAGGUAAUCUGCGCUUCUCUUCUCUUUUGCAUGCAGCAGCAGGGAAGGCUUUUAAAGGGAAAAUCGUUGCUUGGCAUUCGGGGUUAU